AUGUUUCUCGCCCGGUUUGGUCGGUCCUUAGCAACACGGUCGGUAGCAAUGAUUGCUGCAAAGCCUGCAGGCAUGUUUUGCCAGCCCGCUCUCUGUGCGGCUGCUGGACGCAUCACAUUCCCUUCGAUAAUUGCACGGCCCACUCCGGCCGUGCGAACCUAUGCCACCGUCAACCAGAUUAUGCGUCGCGGAAACUUCAAGACCCUGAAAAAACAAGAGAAACGCCGCAAGGUGGGCUCUCCAGCUCUGAACAGCUGUCCCCAGCGCCGUGGUGUUGUUGUCAAGGUUAUGACCAUGAAACCCAAAAAGCCCAACUCUGCAAACCGCAAAGUCUGUCGUGUGCGCCUGACCACUGGUCGUACGAUCACAGCAUUUAUUCCUGGCGAGGGCCACAACGCUCAAGAGCACAGUGUUGUUGCUGUUCGCGGUGGCCGUACCCCAGAUCUGCCCGGUGUCAAGUACAAGUGCGUUCGUGGGUCCUACGAUCUGGCUGGUGUCGUGAAUCGCAAGACCUCUCGAUCCAAAUAUGGAGUUAAGAAACCCGCACCGGCGUCUUAA